UGUGCAAACCAGGGGAAUCAUAAAAACAAACCCAAUACAUGACCUUUGCACUUUCUUGUUAAAAACAGUUCAUUUGGCUCUAUAGGUAUCUCAAGUUUCAUGCUGACCUGAAUUGGAGCUUGAUUUCUCCUUCAAGCUUCUGCAUUUCAGCCAUAUGUCAGAUGUUCUUCACCAAGGCAAUUUCGUUUGAGCCGGUAGGAUCAUUAUGAGCAACAAAACUCUCCCUGCUAAUAUUAACGCAGCUGCAUUCACAUAAACUCGAGUUCGAGACAUCUGCUUAAAUUAGAAAAACUUUGUGUUAAUUGAUCAAGUUGGUUGAGUUUUCAAAUGAAAGGGGAUAUUUUCUUUAUGACCUUGUUGAUUUAUUUGCUCAGUAUCUCAAUUACAAGUUAUUGUACCGAUUCAGAUAUCUUCUGUUUAAGAUCCCUUAAUUCCUUGGAAGACCCGAAUAAUUACAUAACCUCAAGCUGGAACUUCAACAACACCGAAGGUUUCAUAUGUAGAUUCAAUGGGGUUGAUUGCUGGCCUUCUUAUGAGAACAGUGUACUCAAUCUCAAGCUAUCCAAUAUGGGACUGAAGGGUCAGUUUCCUCGGGGCCUUGAGAAUUGCUCAUCAUUGACAGGUUUAGACCUUUCUGGCAAUGAACUCUCUGGACCCAUCCCAUCUGACAUUAAUGAAUUACUUCCAUUUGUUACAAGCAUGGAUCUCUCUGGUAACAAAUUCAGUGGAGAAAUUCCCAGAACUUUAGCAAAGUUGACUUACCUAAAUACUCUUAAACUUGAUAACAACAAGUUAACUGGUCAAAUCCCAACAGAAUUGGGAUUGCUUCCCAGGAUUAAAUCAAUUUCAUUUUCUAACAAUCAUUUGUCAGGGCCAGUGCCUUGGUUCCCCCAAAGGGUGUUGACUGAUUUUGCAAACAACAGUGGACUUUGUGGCGCGCCUUUGUCACCUUGCUCUGAUGACAAGUCCAAUGAAUUUCAUCAAUCAUUCAAGACUGGUAUUAUUGUUGGUUAUGCUUUUUCAGUGAUGGUUUCUGUGAUUGUUGUUUUCAUAUCCUACUCCAACCGUGCACCUAGUGUGAAAUUUAAGCAGGAAGUAAACAGCAACGUAAAAAGAGCUAUGGAGCUUGGCAAAUAUAUUUUCUCCAUCACAAGGAGGGGAGCACUAAGGAUCAUGGAUCAGAUGAGUGAACUGUCACCUCUGCAGCAGCUAGAAUGUGGAAGCAAUGAGAUCUCAGUCCUAUUGGAAAGAUUUACUUCCACAUUGAGGGUUGAAGAACUGCAUGAUGCAACAGCCUGUUUUGCUAUGGACAAUGCCAUUGGGGUAGGAAAGAUGGGAAUAAUGUACCAAGGAAGGCUACCUUAUGGCCAGAUCAUAGCUGUUAAGAAACUACAAGACUCUCAGCUUUUUACAAGGCAAUUCCUUUCAGAAAUAAUGAUUUUGGGAAAGCACAAACACCAAAAUAUAGUUCCCUUGCUUGGGUUCUGCAUUGAAAGAGAGGAAAAGAUUUUGGCAUACCCUUACAUGUCAAAUGGAAGGCUUUCCAAAUGGUUGCAUCCUUUAGAAAGUGAAGUUGUGAGGUUGAAAUGGCCAGAGAGGGUCAACAUUGCACUUGGGAUAGCAAGAGGGCUAUCAUGGCUCCAUCACAACUGCAAUUUGCAUAUAGUCCAUUUUAACAUAUGUUCAGAGUGCAUAUUGCUAGAUGAGAAUUUUGAGCCCAAAAUAUCCAAUUUUGGAGAGGCCAAAUUUAUGGAUCUCAACAUUGAGAAUGAUCUAGGCAUUGUGUUUAAUGUAAAGGAUGGGAAGAAGGAUGUUUAUGACUUUGGAAGUGUGCUUUUUGAACUGAUUACAGGGAAAACUUAUGACGAACUGAACUGUUCAUCCGGCACUAGUAACCUAUGUGGCAACCCUUCAAAUUUUUAUAGUGCAAUCGAUAAAUGUCUGAUUGAGGUAGGACAUGCAAAUGAUGUCUGUACUCUCCUCAAAAUUGCUUGUGAGUGUGUUCAACCUUUACCGGAUCAAAGACCAACAAUGCUUGAAGUUUACAACAAAAUGGGCAAUAUAUGGAAGGAAUUACAAGGAUGCAUUGAUGAAUCUGAUACUCCCAAGGGAUCAGAAACUGCUUCUACUAUUAGUACAGAUGAAAUCACUCAGUUAUAAAAUACUAAGCUAGGUUUGGUGUUUCAUAUAGUCUGAGUUUAGUCCAUCUUUUAUUUGAUUUAAGUUUACAUCAGUAUUUUCGAAAUAGCCAUAUUUCAACCCAUUGAGAACUAAUAAAUAAAGGAUAUUUUGAUGAGUGAAA